AUGCCACUGAGCGAAGAGAAAAUGAAUGACCUUCAGUUGCGGGAGGACUGCUAUGGUGACAGCAGUGCAAAGUCCAAGGUCACGGAGAGUGGACUGAGUCAACACCGCCAUCGUGACCACCACCACUACCACCAACAUCAUUUCCGCCACUCCCACCUUGAUUCGAAGUCUACGACAGAUCAAAAGCACACAGCUCCUCUUCUCACCUCCCCACCCGGUUUAAUUCGUCGAUUCGCAGAUUGCGACCUCACUGGAGACUGUCAGAUCAAUGAAACCACACCGCUGGAGUCAGAACUCCCAACCGGAUCCAGUAUUCCUGGGGAUAACCGAUUCUCCCAAACCUCCACGAAGUUGCUAGUCCCGGGGAGUGGAUGGAGAGGGAGGUUGUUCGGAACUUUAAAAAAAACAGUAUCUGAAGGUGGUGAGAAGUUGGAGACGGAUGAGAAUGCGAAGAAAGAAGGCGAGGAGGAAGUGAGUGAAAAGUGGCUCCGAUUCAAACCACUCAAGGACAUCUUUCACCUCUACGGCAAGACGCGAUUAGUUCGCAGACUGUCAUUUCUGGAUGAAUGA